AUGCAUCCCAAGGCUCUUCCGCUCCUCCUCUUGUCUGUCGAUCUCAAUCUAAAUCUCAACAGCGAAUCAUCCGCUCUGGCCAACCUGAACUCUCUCACGUUCAACGACUUUACUAACAGUUAUACCCCCUCCGAGCCGACCCAAAAUCCCAAUCACGAAGGCGGAGGCUCCAACAACGGCGGCCAGACCAACAACUCUCCUAGCACGGCCACCCAGGCCCCCAAUAUGCCCACGGGCGGCCUGCCCAAGGUCCCAGCCUCCAUCGAGACCGUCCUGGAGACUGCCGUGCCAGCAUCAUUCUACCAGGUGUUGGAGAACCCGACCUCUCGCUCUUCCAUGUUCAGCGAAUGGCACGAUGGCAACUUCCCUACCUGGUACCAAGAUCUGCCCACUAGUGUCAAGAGCUGGCUGGAUAAGUAUGCCGCAUCUGCUACUGCCGGCGCUGCCGGUGACAGUGGUGGCAACGGAAACAAUGGUGCUGCGUCCUUCUCGGCGGGCGUGAGUGUUGCUUUCAUUGCGGGCGCGGCAUCUAUCCUGUCACUUGCUCUCAUGCUCUGA